CGCAUUUCACGCAUCUUCCCCUAGAUACAGGUGUCCCGCAGCAGCUCUGAGUGCUGCAGCCUCCGACACCCAUGCUCACGCAGGUGCCCCGGAGGGCGACCCGUCUCCUCCUAGCUCACAGCGGCCGCCCGUCAGCAUGUCUUGCCCGUAGCCUCCCCCAAUCCUCCCUGUCUUCUCCGCUCUGCGGAGCCUCGUACACCAGCUCCAGGACGUUCCUCAGCUGGUUCAAAAGCAAGCCGAAGGAUUCGCCGUUCGCCCCCCACAAAACCUCGGGGAAAGACAAGACCCCGGUCCUCUCGCAGGACGACCUCUUCCAUCCGUUCUCGAAGUCGCCGUUCCCCGCCAUCCGCGCGCGCGGCGAGGCCAUCAGGCAGCUCGCGCCCUGUCCGGUCUGCGCGGGCGAGCACAACCAUGGGCUGCAUUCGCACCACGGGCACGAGACGAAGGCCGUCUCGUUCGAGUGUCCCGACUGCGGGUGGCCGACGCACUGUUCGGAGGAGCAUUGGGCGAAGGACAAGGAGCACCAGAAGUACUGUGCGCGGCUGAGGGAGGUCAACGAGGACGAGCAUGAUCUCAGGAGCGGGCGGCGGAUGAGGGAGUUCGAGCUGCCAGGCCCCCAGGACUCGGAGGCGGCGAUUUCGUUCGCGAACUGGGACGUGUUCUGGUACACGCGCGAGUUCCCGUCGAUGGACUCGGAGCGGUCGAGGCGGCAUGCGAGCAAGAUCCUCACGUACCCGAUCACGAUCGGCUCGGUGCUGCACCAGUUCAGCAACCUCACGCUGAGCAACCAACGGCUGACCCCCGAGGGCAGUCGUUCUCUCGCCGCCCUCCGGACAAACUUACAUGUUCCGCCUGGCGCGCCGGAGACCCCAGAGGCCGCAGUAACUAAGCCUCAGAUGCGGAUAUUCAUCCUGGGUGCUCGCGCGGAGUCUUCACUACCACCACACGUCUGGGAGCAGCUGUGCAUGCUCUUCCCGUCGGCACUGUUUCACCUGUACUUCAUUGGCCCUCAGGUAUCACUACCGAAGCCGGCGAGCGAGGUGAACAAAAUGCCGAAGAGCAGUGAAGCUCCCGCGCAAUCGUCCACCGUCGCCACAUCAGAGUCGUCAUCAUCCUCUCCGAAUGCGAAGGAAACGACGAGCGAGGCCGCAGCCGCGUCGGAACAACAGCCCCCUACGGACCCGAAAGAGGAGAAACCAGUGUACCUACCGAACGUCUACGAGCCUCCUACCCCUGCACCCAUCGCCCGACUGAAGCGGACGCGGAGCUCGAUCGAGCAAUACGGCGUUCCUUCGUAUACGGUCCCGUACACGGCCCAGCUGACGAUCACCGGCAUGCAAGCGAACUACAGCGAGGUGCACGCGCAGUUCCAGGAGACGUUCGACCCGUACACGGACUGCUUCUUCCUGUUCUCGCCCGGGCUCGGGUUCCCGUCGCCGAACUCGGUGAACGAGGCGACGGGGGAGCCGCUGCUGCAGGUCGCGUCGCCGACGGAGUGGGGCCCGGUGCUGCCGCAGCUGCUGGCGACGAAGUGCCCGAUCUUCGUGACCGGGUUCUCGCCGGCGGACGUGGAGCGGGACGUAAAGUCGCUGUCUCACGCGCCGGAUGUGGCGGGGGAGUUCGACUGGGUGGUCACGCCGGGGCCGAACGCGUUCCUGAGCGAGAAGUGGGAGGUGGCGGACUUUGAUCCCAGGGUGAUGGUGAAGACGAACUGGGGCAUCUGGGGCAUCCGCGGCAAGAGGAGGGAGGUGCGGGAGCGGUCGGGCUUCCUUGGGUUGAACCUAUGAUAGAGUACUCUUAAUGCUCAUGCACGUACACUACACCACCACCACUCUUGACUUGUUCAGCCUAGCGCUGUCUUUAACGUAACUUGGCC